AAAUAUACAAGGAAGGGAAUCCAAGGUGCUAUAUGCUAUCUACUAGCUCCUCUCCAAUCUCAAGAGGGAAAGAAGAAAAAGUUAGUGAAAGCAAUAAAUUAAAAGAUCAAUGGAGGAUCAAAGGAAGGUAAUUGAGGAGCUUGUGAGAGGGCGUGAGUUUGCAAACCAGCUUAGAAAAGUCAUUAGAGGAGGUGAUGAGUGUGCAAGUGCAACCCCAUUUGCUCAACAUCUUGCAAAGAAUGUCCUCACCUCCUUUUCCAACACACUCUUGUUCUUGCAUAAAUACCCCACUACUAAUUAUAGAUCUCAGGAUCUGGUUUCUGAUCAGAUGCAGCAUGUUAGGGACACUUCCUUUUUCGCGAGUCCCGCUAAAUCUGAGGACUCUCAAGACAGUUGCAAGAGCUCCAUCUCAAAGGACAGAAGAGGGUGCUACAAGAGAAGAAAAAUUGCCCAAACAUGGGAGAAGGUGUCACAAACUCCAACAAGUGAUGGAUAUCAAUGGAGAAAGUAUGGCCAAAAAGAGAUCCUAAAUUCCAAAUACUCAAGGAACUACUACAGGUGCACUCACAAGUUUGAUCAGAAAUGCCAAGCAACCAAACAAGUUCAGAGAAUUCAAGAGGAGCCUCCCUUAUAUAGGACAACUUACUAUGGCCACCAUAAUUGCAAAAACAUGCUAAUACACCCUGAAAUCAUACUUGAUCCCAGUUCUCCUUCUGAAACUUCAAUUUUUCUUAGCUUUAACAACACCUUCCCAACUCCAGCUAAACAAGAUUGCCCUUUUUUAUCCUCAUCUUUUCUCUCACCAUCGGUCCGCAAUGAGUGUAAGGAGGAAGUUCCAUCACUUUCCUUAGAAGAUUACAUACUAUCAUCCCCUGAGCCUACUAUAGAUAAUUCUUCAAGGCAUCUCGCAACAGCAUCGUCGAUCCUUGAAUCUUCCAAUCACAGGGAUGUGAUGUCUAGUGUGAUCUUUAUUGAUUCUGUUGAGCUUCAUAUGGAUGAUUUCUUUCUGCCUUUUGUUUGAUUUUGAUGAUAAGUUGGGUAUGUUUCAAUUUAGCAUGGAUUUUUUUUAUGGUUAAACAUUGCUAUAUAUAUGUAUAGGGUGAAAACUUCAUAAUUAGAUAAAUGUUGCUUAAUUUUUUCUUUGAAGUUGUAUGAGCUUGAGCUCCAUUAUUGUAGAUCGCCACUUUUCUCAUUCAUUUUCUAUAUAUGUAUAAGAAAUUAAAGGAGUUGAAAAUUUGUUCUGUACUAUAUACUUCCUUCAGAUUAUAAUGAAAAUGUGUCCCUUCAACAAA